AUGUCUGAAGAACCGGUAACCAAGAAGCUCAAGGCAGAUGAUGGUGCCUCUAAAUCCAAUCCCUAUUUGGCUCAUCUAGAAAAUGAAAAAGAUUCAACCGUAUCUAAUGAAAAUGCUACUGGGAUUUCUGGUAUCAUUCGCCAUGAAUCUACCGCUGCUCAAGCCAAUAAAGCAGAAGACGGACCACUGAAUCCUUUUAAUGGCAAAUCAUUGUCUCAAAAAUAUUUUGAUAUACUUAAAGUGCGUCGUAAUCUUCCCGUUCACCUGCAGAGAGAUGAGUUUCUUAAGAUGUUCCAGUCCACCCAAAUCAUGGUAUUUGUUGGUGAGACAGGUUCAGGUAAAACGACGCAAAUUCCUCAAUUUGUUGCUUACGAUGAUCUGCCUCAUAUUCAAGGAAAACAAAUUGCUUGUACACAGCCACGUCGUGUUGCCGCCAUGUCUGUAGCUAAGCGUGUAGCUGAUGAAAUGGAUGUGAAACUUGGUGAAGAAGUUGGUUAUAGCAUUCGUUUCGAAGAUAAGACAUCUUCGAAUACAUUUUUAAAAUAUAUGACAGACGGAAUGCUGUUACGUGAAGCAAUGACUGAUCCUUUACUUCAGAGAUAUAGCUGCAUUAUUCUUGACGAAGCCCACGAGCGAACACUUUCGACGGAUAUUCUGAUGGGAUUGAUCAAACAAGUUGCAUCUAGGCGUCCUGAUCUGAAAAUUAUCGUAAUGUCAGCUACUCUAGACGCUGAAAAGUUUCAGUCAUACUUUAAUGAUGCUCCUUUAUUAGCAGUUCCUGGCAGAACUCAUCCAGUUGAAAUAUAUUAUACUCCUGAGUAUCAACGUGAUUACCUUGAAGCUGCUAUUCGUACAGUAUUACAAAUCCACGCCAGCGAAGCAGAGGGUGACAUUUUAUUGUUUUUAACUGGUGAAGAGGAGAUCGAAGAUGCGUGUCGGAAGAUAUCUCUUGAAGCAGAUGAGUUGAUCAGAGAGUCGAACUGUGGACCCUUAAGCGUUUAUCCCCUAUAUGGUUCAUUGCCUCCAAGUCAACAACAAAAAAUUUUUGACCCUGCACCUGCUCCAUUUACUCCUGGUGGCGCUCCGGGUCGUAAAGUAGUAGUUGGUACAAACAUUGCAGAGACCUCGUUAACGAUUGAUGGAAUUGUUUACGUGGUAGAUCCAGGUUUUUCUAAACAAAAAGUUUACAAUCCUCGUAUCAGAGUGGAGUCCCUUCUUGUGGCACCAAUUUCCAAAGCGUCUGCACAGCAAAGAGCUGGUCGUGCAGGUCGUACUAGACCAGGUAAAUGUUUCCGUCUUUAUACGGAGGAUGCUUUUAAGAAAGAAUUGAACGAGCAAAGUUACCCAGAGAUUUUGAGAAGUAACCUUGCCAACACAGUCCUUGAGCUCAAAAAAUUAGGAAUUGACGACUUGGUUCACUUUGAUUUCAUGGACCCCCCAGCUCCUGAAACAAUGAUGAGAGCUCUAGAAGAACUAAACUUUUUAGGCUGUAUUGACGAUGAUGGUGAACUUACACCUCUCGGUAGGAUGGCAUCGGAGUUUCCACUUGACCCAAUGCUAGCUGUCAUGCUUAUAAAAUCGCCUGAGUUCUACUGUUCAAAUGAAAUUCUAUCUAUUACUGCUCUGCUUAGUGUCCCUAAUGUGUUUGUGCGACCGAAUAAUGCACGAAAGGCAGCUGAUGAGAUGAAGGGAGUAUUUUCUCACCCAGACGGUGACCAUCUGACAUUGUUGAACGUAUACCAUGCGUUCAAAAGCCCUGAGGCUCAGCUUAAUCCCUCUCAAUGGUGUUAUGACCACUUUUUGUCUCUAAGGUCACUUCAAAGUGCCGACAAUGUACGCUUUCAACUAAAGAGAAUUAUGGAGAGAAAUGAUCUGUCCCUUGUGAGUACUCCAUUUGAGGACAAGAAUUAUUACAACAAUAUUAGAAAAUCUCUACUCUCUGGGUAUUUUAUGCAAGUUGCUAAGAGGAUGAGUUCGCGCAAAGGUUACAUAACUGUGAAGGACAAUCAAGAGGUCUUAAUUCACCCCAGUACGGUUAUUGCCCAAGAUAGUGACUGGGUGCUCUACAAUGAAUUUGUGCUUACGACUAAGAACUACAUCCGCACUGUGACUGCCAUUAAACCUGAGUGGCUGCUGGAGUUGGCCCCUGCAUAUUAUGAUAUUGAAGCUUUCAAAAAGGGAAAUGUUGACGUCCGGAUGGGACUUGAAGCCGCUAAAGCUAAAGCCGAUAGACUGAAGAAAAGCGAUUCCAAGCGCAGCAAAGCAUCGUAUAAAUAG